AUGCGGUCAAAGAACGGCAAAAACAAAAACGAUGUAAAAUAUCAUUAUUGGAGUUCAAAAGUGGCAUUUUCCGAACAUCUCAACAAACGUUUCAUAUUAAAACGCAUGAAUAAUCUUUCAAUGUUAUUUGAAGUGACAUGUUGUGAAGAAACAGAACAAUAUUAUGUGGUUGACGGCCGAAAACAAACUGCAUGUUCUUUGGUCAUAAUUUAUACAGGACCUCCAAUAAAUAUGGAGAUAGGACCGGUCGUAGAAGAAACAGAUCGGGACAUAUAA